AUGAGGCUACUGGCCUUUUCCUUCCUAGUCUCAUCCGGUAUCUUACUUGCGAGGGGUCAGCAAGAAUCGCUACUCAGAAAAGCCCCGCCAGUAACCUCGGAAACAACGGCAGAGCAACAGAGUGCUGCCGCAGAUAUGGCUGACACGAUUGAAUACGACUUCGUCCCAGUCUACAUGCUCACAAAGCUCACAAAUGAAGAAGAGGAAGCUUUUACAUCUGCAAUCUCGGCUCUGGAAGAAGGCGUUGCCGAAGAAGACGACUACCUCCGGCCGAAACUCGUGCACUGGACCUCGGAUGUAGAUGGUACCGUUGAAAAGGAUCUCUUGCCUAUGAACAAGAAGCUUGAACUAGAAACCGCGUUGGAAUCUCAGUCUCACUUCUUCUUCUAUGCCGACCGUAAGAGUGUCGAGGACGGCGGAACUAUCGUUGCGGGACACGACUGGGGCACCCUGUGCAUCUCGAGGAGAGCGAACCAGAGAUUCACCAAAUUUUGCCAAGAGAGAGGUAUUAGCCUCCCAACGGGUGGCUGGAAGAGCAUGGAUGCUAUCAUCGUGCAGUUAACAGAGGAGAUCAUCACCUGGGGCGUGACAUGGGGCCGCCAGCCGGGGCCGUCCUGGAAAUCAGCCUACCAGAAUCUGGAUCUUAACAACAUGCAAAUGUCUGAGCUCAUCGGCAUGCAUGGCGAGGAAAUCAACGUUCUGGAAGAUUCCGAUUGGGAUGCGCAGACUUUUGAGAAGAGGCUCCGGGAAGAACUUGACAAGAUCAAGGACGAGCUUUAG